CUUGUGGAUCGACCUCGCAUAUACUACCUUGCGGUUAAGUUUAUCGAGCAAUUACUCGAGCAAUCAAGUUGGCGCCGUUGCCGGGGAUCGAUCGAUACCAAUGCGUCAACAUCAUCUGCUAGAACAUCAUCGAUCCAGUCGUUCCUUCGAGCUUCAACAUCAUCAGCCAGAACGGGAUCGAUCGAUCCCACCAGUAGAUCGAUCUCAAUUAAUCCAAACCGAUUGGAUUUCUGCUAACCGGAAUUGAACCAAACUCCACUUAAAUUGAACCGGAACGACGAACAGUUUAUCACCGGAUCAAGUUUUCCUUCGCCAUUCAAGAGCUCCACUUCAACUUCUUCGUUUUUUGUUCAUCAAGAACACCAAAAUCACUAAACCCUAACUCUCUCAAUUCUUAGUCGUUUUUGUCAAAUUUGGUGCCUAUUUCAAUCAGACUUUUCCUCUUUCCAUAUCUACUGUUUGUUUUCUGGAUCUGCAAAGGUAUGGGAAAGACAAACAACGCUGCAAGAACUUCUCGAGCACGCACGAGCACUUCCGGAGCAUCGGCAAAAGAAGAUCCUAACAAGCGUCCUGUUAUCGGCAUAUGGGAUAAGGAAGACACAAAGCUACUGGCAGCUUUGAAGCAUAUUGAUGUGAGGCCAACGCGAGUCGCUUCCAAACCUUCUCUACAUGUGCUUGGCAUGUACGAUUAUGUCGUGAUGGUGUUUCAAACACUCAGUAUAGGACGGUAUUGGGAAAUGGAUGAGGAUGUAUAUCCUAAACUUGUGAAGGAGUUCAUUGCCACGUGUCGCCUCACGUACGCGAAUCCAGAGAACCGAAAGCGAGUCAAGGAAAACUCACAUUCUUUCUUAACAAACAGCAUUACAGCAAGACAUUGUUUGAGAUCUGCGACAUGUAUAGAUUUACGAAAGGAGAAGCGGUUGAGUUCCCGAAGUUGUCUCCUGCGGUUGCUGAUGACUUUUGGAACACGAUAGCUACAGAAACAUAUAAGUCGCGCACAUCGAAGAUAACAUAUAUUAGGAGUCCUAUUGUGCGAUAUGUUUUUGAAGCUCCUCGGUAGCGUUCUGUACUUCAAACCGGUGAUCACAGCUGUGCCUGAGACCGAGUUACCACUACUUUUCUAUGGGGUCAAACAUCGACUAGGCGUC